CCUCGUCGCCUGUGCUGUUACGUCAUCCCGUGCGCACACGGAAGUAGCAUUAAACCCGAAAACUUCGGGUCUUGUGAUCGCUGAUCGUUUCUUCUCCGGUGUGCAAGAGCUGUCUCAACAUCUGUCAGGAUGGUUGUGCUCUCCAAAGAGUAUGGGUUUGUGGUGUUGACGGGUGUUGCCAGCAUGGUCAUGGUUGGACAUCUAGCCGUCAAAACUUGCCAAGCUCGCAAGAAGUACAACGUGCAGUAUCCUCAGAUGUACAGCGAUGAUCCUGAAAACGGAAACAUUUUCAACUGUAUCCAGCGUGCACACCAAAACACCCUGGAGCUGUAUCCUGCCUUCCUCUUCUGCCUGGCUGUUGGUGGUUUGCAUUGUCCACGUCUAGCCAGUGGACUUGGAGCUGUAUGGAUCGUCAGCAGAGAGGUGUACGCACAUGGGUACUCUACAGGAGAUCCUUCAAAGAGAAUGCGGGGAGCAUUUGGUAAUGUGGCUUUGCUUGGAAUGAUCCUGACCACAGCCAACUUUGGCCGCCACCUGUUGGGUUGGAUGGGACCACAGAUUGGGCCUUUCCGUCACGCGUCCUGUUGUUAAUGAGGACAGCGACUUCAGCCUGGGUUUUACUAAAAUGAUUCACAAUAAAUACUCCUACAUAAAUAAUAUAAAGUAAUGUACCUUGAAGCAUGCCUGCCAUAACCUCUCAUCAGGGAAGCGUUGACAAGUGACCUGACCGGUUCUUACUGAGGGAAAACGCCUUUCUUAAGAUGAUGAAUGUGGUGUUUUCACAGACUGGCACUCCUGCUCCAUGUGAGAUCAUAAGUAAGUUUAUUACCUGCUUUCUGGUUUGACAAGUUGAAUGAAUUGGCCAAAGACUGUAUCUUUGCAAUAAACAAAUUAAGAUAAUUUUAUAAAAAGGGACAUGUCAGACAUGUUUGAUGGACAGAAUAAAACCUUAUGUUUGCCUUUGUUCAGCUGAAAAAAAAAGGUUAUUUAAAAUAGUGCAGGUGUCGUGUAGGAAACCUCAAACAUAAUUCCAAUCACAACCGCUGUCUUUGUUAUUUUUUUGUGACAGUUUCAUACUGAAAAGUGAUUAUAUUAAACAUUACACAUUGGUUAUAAA